CAUUGGCUCUGGGCUGCGGCCGGCUCGGCGACGCUCCUCGGGCAGCUCACUGCAUGGUCGUCUGUUGCCCCCGCCGCCUGCAUCGCCGCCGCCGCCGCCGCCCGCGACGCCCACCGCCGCCUGCCCUGCCGCCGCCGCCGCCUGCGCCGCCUCGGGACCGGCUGUAUGAUUAGGCCACAAUCUUCAAUGAGUAGACAUAUUCCUCAGUUCUGUGGUGUUCUUGGUCACACAUUUAUGGAGUUUCUGAAGGGCAGUGGAGAUUACUGCCAGGCACAGCACGACCUCUAUGCAGACAAGUGAACUGUAGAAAUUCAUUACUACUCCACCAAGAAGCCCCCAUAAGAGUGGAUAACCUGGACACAGACGUGUUGAAUUGAAAUCUGCAGAGCAUUUUACAAGAGCUCAGACCUGGAUGGGGUAAACCUCAGUGCACUUCCUUUGUAUUGCCUCAGUAUUACUGGAUUGAAGAAUCACUGCUUCUUGUUAGGAGGUUCAUUUCAUUGCCCAUUUCUCCCAAGUUCAUACUCAAAGCACUGAGAUUUCAAGUGGAGUAUAUUGAAUAUUGAAGUAGACUUCAGGUUGUUUUUUGUUUUGUUUUGGUUUUUUUUUUUUUUUUUUGCAUCAUUUCUGUAUUCAAUUUUUUAAUUCUUUCAUAACCCUAUUGGGUGUUUUUUAAAACUAAAUUAACAUGGCUCGAAUGAACCGCCCUGCUCCUGUGGAAGUCACAUACAAGAACAUGAGAUUUCUUAUUACACACAAUCCAACCAAUGCGACCUUAAACAAAUUUAUAGAGGAACUUAAGAAGUAUGGAGUUACCACAAUAGUAAGAGUAUGUGAAGCAACUUACGACACUACUCUUGUGGAGAAAGAAGGCAUUCAUGUUCUUGAUUGGCCUUUUGAUGAUGGUGCACCACCAUCCAACCAGAUUGUCGAUGACUGGUUAAGUCUUGUAAAGAUUAAGUUUCGUGAAGAACCUGGCUGCUGUAUUGCUGUCCAUUGUGUUGCAGGCCUUGGCAGAGCUCCAGUGCUUGUUGCCCUAGCAUUAAUUGAAGGUGGAAUGAAAUAUGAAGAUGCAGUACAGUUCAUAAGACAAAAGCGGCGUGGAGCUUUUAACAGCAAGCAACUUUUGUAUCUGGAGAAGUACCGUCCUAAAAUGCGGCUGCGCUUCAAGGAUUCCAAUGGUCAUAGAAACAACUGUUGUAUUCAAUAAAACUGGGGUGCCUGAUGCCAUUGCCUUGGAAGUGGAACUUCAGAUGGGACAUGAUUUGUCAUACAUAAUUAACCAACGUAUGGGCUUAUUGAAUAAGUCUACUGAAGCUUCCACAGUAAUAUUGAAAACCAGUUUUACCAGGCCACAAGCUUGACAGAAUUGCAACCUCUAUAUUUGGGUUUGAUCAACCUGUUUGGACAGUUAGCAAAAGAUCUUUGCUGGUCAGCAUUUAAAAUGUGCUUAUUAUUUGUACCAAUUCACCUUUCCUAAAAUACGGUAUUGAGUUAUAUCCUUAAAUGUACCCCUGUGCCAGAGUAUUAUUAGUAUAUAAGGAAUUUAGAAAGAUUAGGUGCCAAAAGACCCAGCACAAUACCUGUAUAUUUUUAGCAUCAUACAGAACCAAAAUUCCAGGAACUAAGAACACUCUAGACCUUCCAUGGUUUAUUCCUUCAGUCAUUUCAAACACUGCAGGGCUUUUCUCUCCUUAUCUGCCUGCUCACUCUGUUUACAUCUCCCACACUCAUACCAGUAUACAUCAGGUUUGCUUAGCCAUCAAUAUUUUUUUUAGGAAGUCUUGUGCUGAUUAUUUAAUGUCUUUGUCUUAUUUUGUGCUGUUAUGGGAAACCUCCAUUUGAAAAUCGACUUUGUUACAGAAGCACAUUUCUUCAAUAAUGUCUCCAGACAAAAAAGCCUUAUAGUUAAUUUAAUGUUUGCACCCAAAGGUGCAACUUAACAGGGAGGGCCUGAUAAAAGAAUGGGAGGAGGCUAUUAAAUAUUUUUAGUAAAAGUUGCCUUUGUCUUGUGCAGAACAUGUAGAAUAUGCUCUUUAAUUUAGUAAAUAUUUUUAAAAGGUAGAUACAUUGUUGUAGCUAACCAAUUCUUAAUCAAAAUUUCUGAAAUUCUUGUUUUUUCCAGUACCUAUCAGAAUGUUUUCCAACUUGCUUGAAUUAUGGUUUUCCCCUCUCUUCCCAACCUCUCUUGCAAAAAAGACGUGGGAUCUGCUAAUGAACCGAGCAGACAUAUUUUAUAUGCCUUUUCAGCUAUGUCACUUAAUGAUUGGAUACUUGAUCAUUUGCUUUAUUAUGUAAUCGAUACAAUGGUGAUGUGUGUUGUUAGUUCAACCAUAUAUUUAUACUGUCUGGGAAUGUGUGGUUAUAGUUCUGUGGGAGAAAUAAUUUGUCAGUGUUCACCAGCUUGUAAAAACUUAGUGCAAGAGCUUCAACAUCUAAGUAAAUGCGUUUGUCACUGAGGUUAUUUUGCUUAAAAUUAACUUAUUUUGUAGAAAACAAUGGAUUCAGUUAAUUGAAUUUAUGAACAAAUUUGUUAGGGUUAUGGGCACUACUGAAUACCAAGUGCUUUUUAUUAUAAAUUUUACUCUUUAAAGGUCUAGAUAAUUUUGAACCAACUGAAUGUUGUGUACUGAGGGAAAACAGUUUGUAAUAGAUGAUGACCUUGAUUUUUAAGAUUCAGUCCCAUCAGUCAGUUUUGUGCAGUUUCCGAUCCAGUUUUCUCAUUUUUAAGUUAAUUACAUGCCUGUAUAUAUUUUGAAAUUAAUUUGAACCUGAGUAUUUGGCACAUGAUGGCUUAAUAAAUUUUAACUUUCAAUAAUCUGAAAUGUUUCAUUUCCAUAUUUUAUGCUAUGUUAAAUGAACAGGAUCUGUUUUUAAAAGUUAUAAAUGUAAAUUGAAAAUUGGAUUGAAAAAUUAUAUUCGAUCUUGUGCUCUAAAAA